ACAAGAAGCGCCUCCGUUCCGAUUGGCCAGGAGGUGAUGCGCUCUCAGCCAAUCGUAAUCCAGGCUGCGCUUGGAUCCUUUCAGGACGACAAACCUUGUAGAGACCACGUCUACGAUUGGUCGCUCCUCGGCAAGGAUUUAAUUUUGAAUUUUUCUUUAUGGUGUGGAAGAGGCUCCAGCCCGAACUUCAUCUAAUCUUCAGACUUUUAGACUAAGAUCAUGCCCAAAUUCAAACAGCGCAGAAGAAAGCCAAGAGCCAGAGCCAGACACUUAUCUAAGAAGCAAGAAGCCUCUCGGGUCCAGCCUAAGCUAUCGACACCUCCCCCUCCCCCUCCACCACCCGCACCAGAAAGAGUGGUUACUUCUUCAACAGAUACACCCCAUAGCAGAAACUGGCUAAGACGACCUUGGAACUUCAGAUUUCCCAGCAUCAAAGAUGCAGUAAACCUUUGGACGCACAGAGCAUGGUGCAUAUACAGUUACUGUCAGACCUGUGCAGCCCAGAGUUUCGAAGUACUGAAAGAUGCCAUCUUCCCUUCCCGAGUCUACCACAGAGAACUUAACAGUCUAAAACAACAAGUUUGUGUUUUGAAAAGUGAAUUAUGCAAGCUCCAAGAAACACUGAAGACCAUUUCAGAAAAUUCUUCUUAUUCAAGCUGUUGUCAUAAGUGUUGUGUGAGUGAUAAACUCACAAACGUGCCUGCCUGUGCUCCAGCAACCCAUGGAGAAUCCAGAACUGUACUUCCUCCAACACUGCCACAGCCAGCCAGUCAUCCUCCCCCUCCUCCUCCCCCUCCUCCUCCCCCUCCUCCUCCCCCUCCUCCUCCCCUUCCUCCACCUCCACCACCCCUAGCACCUUUGCUGCUCAGAAAAUCUGGUACUGCUAAAGCACUUCAGACUGAACCAUUAAAGAAAGAUGGACCUAUGCAUAUAACUGUUAAAGAUCUACUCACUGUAAAACUAAAAAAGACACAGAGUAUUGAAGAAAGGAAGAAGUUAAAGCUUCUACCAUCACCCCCAGAGGAACGGAGUCCACUAGUUACCAUCUCUGAUCUGCAACAUGUUACUCUGAAACCCAACAACAAGGUGUUAGCCCCACGAGUUAAAAAUGUCCUAAUUACUCCUGGUAAAAGCCAGAUAGAUCUGCGGAAACUGCUGAGAAAGGUCGAUGUAGACAGGAGCCCAGGUGGGACCCCUCUCAUCAAUAAAGAAAAUAUGGAAACAGGAACUGGACUGACUCCAGUCAUGACUCGGGCCUUAAGGAGAAAGUUUCUGCUGGCUCAUCCUCAAAGCCCUACUCAGUCCCUGCCACUUCCUACAAGCAGCUUUGAUGACCAAAACUGAGGCCAACUCUGCCUGACUCCAUGGAGAGAUCCAGACAAUGACAGAUCAAACCCCCUAAAUUUUUAUGUACUAAAAUAUGUAUAGCUCUACAAAUGUAAUUCUGCUUGAAGAAUCAGAGUGAGUAUGUAUGGAACCUACAUAUACUGUGGCAAACAGAGAGCAUUUAGAUGCUUUCUGGUGAUGGUGAUGGUAAGGGGACCCGAUGGGAAGGUGCAACCUGCAAUGUAAUGUGUAUCCUGGAAUUACCCAAUUUAGGUUAGAGCAACUGUUCAGAUUUAAUUCCAUAGGGACUGGUGAUGUGGUUCAGUGGGUAAAGGCACUUGCCCCCCAGCCUAAUGACCCAAGUUCAGUGCCCAGGACCUAAAUGGAGGGAAGGAAGAACUGACUCCCACAGGUUGUCCUCUGACCUCCACAUGUCCACUAUUAUAUGUGCCCCCUUCAACACACAAAAUUAAUAAGCACGUUAAAAAAUAUUCAUGGUAUAACUAGUUUAUUAUGUAAAUAUAGUUAUGACAUUAAGAAAAUAGUCUGAGUACUAGAAAAAAUGGCUCAGCAGUUAAGAACACUUGCUGCUUUUGCAGAGGACCCAAGUUCAGAUCCUAGCACGCACUUCAGCUGGCUUAUGUAUGCCUCUAGCUCCAGGUCCAAGCCAUUCACUGCCCUCUUCUGGCUAGGCGGGCACCUGCACUCACGUGUACACAGAUACACAAACACAUAAAUAAAUAUACAAAAUUUUAAAAAGAACCGGGCGGUGGUGGCGCACGCCUUUAAUCCCAGCACUCGGGAGGCAGAGCCAGGCGGAUCUCUGUGAGUUCGAGGCCAGCCUGGGCUACCAAGUGAGUCCCAGGAAAGGUGCAAAGCUACACAGAGAAACCCUGUCUUGAAAAACCAAAAAAAAAAAAAAAAAAAAAAAAAAUUUUAAAAAGAAAAUAAAGAACAGAGCCUGGUUCCUGUUCAUCUCAGGCUGAUUCAUUCAUUGCUACACACUUGAUUCAUAAAAUAAGACCCUCUAGCUGGGCAUGGUGAUGCAUGCAUUCAAUUCCAGCACUUAUAAGGCAGAAGACCAAAGAUCUCAGGGAGUUUGAGGCCAGUCUGGUCUACAUAGUAAAUUCCAUAUCAGCCAGAACUAUACAGUGAGACCCUGUCUUAAAAUAAAUAAACAAGUAAUUUAGAGGGGAAAAAACCACACAAAACAACUCCACGUGACCUGAAAAAUUCAAGAGUACCCUGUGUUUGCUUGAAAUGGAGUCUUACAUUAUAGCCCAAUCUGGCCUGGGAUUCCUGGCAAUCCUCUGUUCUCAUCCUCCCAAAUGCUGGGAUUACAGAUGUGAGCCAAAUCUGGCUAGAAUGUAAUGACACAUUUCUAAAAUGACUUAGCAACUUAGGUAGGUGGUUUGAUCUGGCUCACUGAGACACCCCUUUUUGUUUUUUUCUUUUUGGGGCUGAACCCAGGGCCUCACACCUGCUAAGUACAUGUACCUUGAGCCUAUACCUCAGCCUUAUAUUCUUUACUUUUUAUGUCUGCUGUCCAUUUUCCUGUAGUCAAAUAAAAUUUUCAUGAUUUCAGCAUGAAACUUCAGUUUUCCAGAAUGCCUUGCCAAGGAUUCUCUGUGGUCCAUGGCAGUUUUAUUGAGAAGCCCGGUUCCUGGUCCUUAUCAGCCUGUGUAUUGGCUGACAGUAGUGUUGUGUCUCUCACUGGACUUCAUUUAUUCUUGCCAGUCUAGCGUUGUUAGAUUUAGCAAAUAAGAAUAUAAGAUGCUCCAUUAAAUUUGAAUUUCAGAUAAACCACAAAUAAGCUUAUAAAUCUGUGCUACUAAACUAUAAAUAUUUGAGUGUUACAGAUCGAACUCAAGGCCAUGUACAUACUAAGCUAGUAGAAAUACCUCUUUAUUAUUAAAUGAAAACCACUUACAUUUUUAAAAGAAAUGUAUUUAGGUCUUUGCAGGGAGGAAUAUAGUACUUGUCUAAUGUUCAUAGCUCCAGGUUCAGUCACUAGUACUAACACACACACAUACACACACACACACACACACACACACACACACACACACACACAGAGUUGUCUAUUUCAUAUUAUCUAUAAUCACCUGGGAGAUGGACUUUCUCAGACAUUAUCUGGAUUAGGUUAAUUGAGAUGGGAAGACCCACCCUCUGUGGGUAGCACCAUCCCCUAAGCUGGGAUCUUCUUCACUGUGGAUGCAAUGUGAGCAGCUGCUUUAGGCUUCUGCUGUCUUGAUCUCCUCCCUCCAGACAGAGUGUAUGGUAGAACUAUAAGCCAAACAAACCCUUCCUUCCUUAAAUUGCUCUCCUCAGGUAUUUCAUCACAGCAACUAGAAGAGUAUAUAUGUGUUGUUUGUCUGAAAUUCACAUUGAACUGAGAACCUUAUAUUUUACUUAGCUACCUUAUUUGACCAUGCUCAAAAAGUUACAAUUUAUUUCUGGGAUCCCAUAGUUUUAUUACACAUGUCUUCUUGGCAGUGAACACUGUAUAGCUUCAGCCAGGAUCCCUUAACAUCUAUUCUGAGUAGAAUAGAUGGAUAAUUCCCAUUCAAGUGAGUGUGACUCAAGGUGCAGGAGUAACUGCACUUUUUUCUGGUACAGAGGGGUUUCAGGGCUUAGAGCAUGCUAGGCAAGUGCUUCUACCACUGAGCCAUACCCUUAGUUCCAGGAUCACCUCUGAUACUGUUAUCUACCCCUGUGUAAUGGCCCCCUUAUUCAUUAAAAACAAAAACAAAAGGACCCCCCCCCCCAAAGUCUUCAGAUGUUCACUAGUUUCUAGUCUGAUGGGAAGCAGCCACAUAGAUAAUAUCCUUAAACUUUUAAUCUUCCGGUUCACUGUACCCCAAAAUAUAAUUUAGUAGUGCCCUAGAAAUUCUUGGAGGGUUCUGUUUAAAUAUUUUUGGUUCUGAGGAUUGAACCAGGGCCUUGAGCAUGGUUGGUAAGAAACUCUACCACUGAGUUAUAGCUCCAGGUCAAAUCCCUAUAUUUCCCUUUAAAAAAAAAAAAAAAAUUAUCGGGGCUGGCAAGAUGGCUCAGAGGUUAAGAGCACUGGUUGCUCUUCCAGAAGUCCUGAGUUCAAUUCCCAGCAACCACGUGGUGGCUCACAACCAUCCUUAAUGAGAUCUGGUGCCCUCUUCUGGUGUUCUGCACUGUAUACAUAAUAAAUAAAUCUUUAAAAAAAAAAAAAAGAAUGAGUUUUUGGGGUUAUGAAUUUAGCUCAGUGGUAGAGCACUUGCCUAGCAAGCACAAGGCCCUGGGUUCGGUCCUCAGCUCUGAAAAAAAAAAAUUUAUUUUAUGUACUUUGGUGUGAAGGUAUCAUAUCCCCUGGAACUGGAGUUAUAGACAGUUGUAAACUGCCAUGUGGGUGCUAGGAAUUGAACCCAGGUCCUCUGGAAGAACUGCCAGUGCUCCUAACCACUGAGCCAUCUCUCCACCCCCCACACACACCCCACCCCCAUAUUUCCAUUGAAUGAUAUUACUUUGAGAUGCCAAAUCAUGUUGUCAGAGUCAUCAGACUGUAAAGUAGUCCCAAGGGGCAGUGUUUGAGCACCUUGAGGCAGUCCUGACUAUGAGAUCCACAUUAUGUUUAUAAUACAGAAAAGAUAUAUCUAGGACCAGCUAGACGGUUGUUUGUUUGUUUGUUUGUGGCUUGUUGAGACAGGUUUUCAUGUAGCCCAGUCUGUCCCGGAAUUAUUUAAUCAGGGUUGACCUUGAACUUCUGAUCUUGCCUCCACUUCUUACAUGCUGAAAUUAUGUAAUUAAUUUAAUUACUGUGGCAUGCACCACCAAGUCCAGCAGAACUUUUUUGAAAACAUGCUAGCUAGUGUGAUAUUAUGUAAAAAUAAGAGAAAUUAUUACUGAAAAUAAAGGAUUCAUAAUAGAAUGGUAUUUUUUGGACACUUAUUUUUACAAUAUUAAUAAACCAAUAUACACUUUACCAGAGUGACUGAAAUAACUUAAUCAUUCUAUCACAGAAGGUUCAUUUAAUACAAUAAAAGCUAGGCUGGACAUAGUGGCUUCUGAAAGGUGUCCCACAUACUUGGAAGACUGAGGUGGAGGGAAAUGUAAGUUCAAGGCCACCAGCCAGACUGGGCAGCUUGGUGAGACCCUGUCUCAAUAAGACAGAAAUUUUAUAGGUAAAACAUUUACAAAGCUGCUAUUGCUGUUGUAUCAGUAUUAAAAUGAACCCUAAAUUGUUUACUAAUUUUUAUUUUAGAAUUUGUAUACUUUUUCAUUGUAACAAUUUGAGUACUCUGCACAUUGUAUAAUUUCA